GCGCUCAUCAGCAAAAAGCAGGUGACGAGGCGGAGAUUACAGGAGAUGCCAGGAGAAUGCUUAGCCUACUUCCUGGCUCAGGGGGAAGACCUGCAUGGAUCACAGCUUUGAGAUGCAGCAGCAUGGAGCCCCCAGCCCUGGAAACUCCCUCUCCCGCAGCCACCUGCUGGGACGCCCUGCCCGCUCCUCAAAGCUCCCUGGAGGGGUGUCACCCCUCAUCCCUGUCCUCAGGAAAACCAUCCAUCUGGAUGCCUUCCCUCAAAGCCACAUCGCACAGGCUUCCGGCCGACCGGGCCCGGGAGCCGGAGCCUGGAGUGUGUCCUCACCGGAGACCAAGCCCCGGAAACUCAGCUCCACCUCCUUAACACUCCGUCAGAACAGCCAGGCAUGGCCCUUGGGCCCCCUGCCUUCUCACUGGGAAGAGCUGCCCGCCCCGGGCAGGGAGGCUGCCACCCAUGGAGGAGGGAGGCUGCCCACCCCAGCCUCACGAUCUGUCUCCCUAGUGCCAGGGGGCAGAGUCCACUCUGAGGGCCCAGGGAACCCAGGAUUGGCCAAACCCAGCAGGAUGCCCAUAGUGGAGAAGCCCCUGGUGAGUUCCUACCUGGCCCUGCCAUUUCAAUCCCGGUUAGCCCAGAAAUCACCAGGCCCUGCAGGGCCAGGCUCAGUGGGUCAGAAACACCCUCUCCCAGUGGCUGCCCACGUGACUACCAGAACUUCUCCAGGAAGAGGCAAGCCCCGGUCCAGGGGUAUCCCGAGACCCCAGCUGCAUCUCCAAAGGGCCACCUCCACCAUGGGUCCUGCGACAGCCAUGGAUUUGGCUCCUCUGGACACAACCAGGCCACGCAUAGUCAGACAUGUCACUACAAUGGUCACCAACAAGCCUAGUUUGACUAUCAAUCUGGCCGCACCAAGCACAUCCACAGUGGAUACAGGCACAGAGUUCCCUGCUCUGGAUACCAAGCUGGGCACAGCCACGGACUUUGCUACAGAAGGCACAACCAAGUUGGACACGGUCAUGGAUUUGGUAACCCCAGACCCAGAGAAGCUGGGCACAGCCAUAGCUACAGCAGGCACAGCCAAGUCAGAUACAACCACAGGGGGUACAGCCACGGAUUUGGUGGUACCAGGUGCAGUCAAGCUGGGCACCACCAGGACAGACACAGCCAUGGCUUUGGCUAGAGCGAAUACAGCCAAGCUAGACAUAACUACAGAUUCUUUUGCUUUGGACACAAGCAAGCUGGGCACAGCCACGGGGGAGACCACCCUGGACAGAGUCAUUAGCCUGACCACAUCAGCCACCUACCCACUGAUGCCAAGCAGAAGCACAGACCCAGCCCCGGACCGUGCUACUGCGGAUGCUGUGACAGAUGGGACCACAGAGCCCAUCAUGCUGGACCUGGCCAGAGAAACCAAAGGGCUCCCGGAGGCCAGGACGGACGCAGCCAUGUCAGAGCUGGUGCCUGAGCCCAGGCCUAAGCCGGCAGUGCCCAUGAAACCCGUUAGCAUCAACUCAAACCUGCUGGGCUACAUUGGCAUCGACACCAUCAUCGAGCAGAUGCGCAAGAAGACCAUGAAGACUGGUUUCGACUUCAACAUCAUGGUGGUCGGUCAGAGCGGACUGGGCAAGUCAACGCUGGUCAACACGCUCUUCAAAUCCCAGGUGAGCCGCAAGGCCUCCAGCUGGAACCGGGAGGAGAAGAUCCCCAAGACUGUGGAGAUCAAAGCUAUUGGGCACGUGAUAGAGGAAGGCGGGGUCAAAAUGAAGCUGACGGUCAUCGAUACCCCGGGCUUCGGAGACCAGAUCAACAAUGAAAACUGCUGGGAGCCCAUCGAGAAGUACAUCAAUGAACAGUAUGAGAAGUUCCUGAAGGAGGAGGUCAACAUUGCCAGGAAGAAACGCAUCCCUGACACUCGUGUCCACUGCUGCCUCUACUUUAUCUCCCCCACGGGACACUCCUUACGACCUCUCGAUCUGGAGUUCAUGAAACACCUCAGCAAAGUUGUGAACAUCAUCCCUGUCAUUGCUAAGGCUGACACCAUGACCCUGGAGGAGAAGUCUGAAUUCAAGCAAAGGGUUCGAAAGGAGCUUGAAGUAAAUGGCAUCGAGUUCUACCCACAGAAGGAAUUUGAUGAGGAUUUGGAGGACAAGACGGAGAAUGACAAAAUCCGGCAGGAGAGCAUGCCUUUCGCUGUGGUGGGCAGCGACAAGGAGUACCAAGUGAAUGGCAAGCGGGUCCUCGGCAGAAAAACUCCCUGGGGGAUCAUCGAAGUGGAAAACCUCAACCACUGUGAGUUUGCCCUGCUUCGAGACUUUGUCAUCAGGACCCACCUCCAGGACCUCAAGGAAGUGACACACAACAUCCACUAUGAGACCUACAGGGCCAAGAGGCUUAAUGACAACGGAGGCCUCCCUCCGUGGAACGGAGCUCUCGCCAGCACUGCCCUCCUCCAUCGUCCGUGUCAGCCGGUCCCAGCCCAUCCGUAGGGUGAAAGAACUCAUCAGGAGCUCCUUCUGCCCUUGCAAACCCAUACCAGCUACUUGUAACCAUCUCCAAGAGAAAUGGCAUUGCUCCCCGCCCGUUCAUCUGCAUGAGCUCCUCUUGGCUUCCUUCAAGGGUCAAGAAAGCAACUUUUCUGCUUGUCAGGUUUGUUGAUGUCAGCUGUGUGAGCCCCAGUGUGGGACAAGGGUGUCUCCUUCAUUGCCUAAAGCUUAUUUAUAAUGAUGGGUCACUACAGAUGUGGGGGGAGCAAGGGCUAGGGUCACUUAAAAAAAAAAUCACCACUUGUGGCUGGCCCAGGAUGCAGUCUCUCUCUCUCUCACACACACACACACACACCCCUGCCCCCAUAAUGCAGCCACUUAGGAAGAGUGGUUUUCCUGAAGAGACAUUUCUGGAAUUGCCUUCCUUAUCCUCAAACUUAAAAAAAAAAAAAAAAAAGAACUUAACAGACAGAAAAUUCCAGAACCCCACAGAACGGGACUCUAGGGAGAAAAAAAAAAAAAAAAAAAAACACCCCACCCUUCCAUCCACUUAGCAAUAAGAGGGAUCCCUUCCCACCUACCCCGACUACUCCUAUCCCCGCCUCCACCCUGUUAAUGUGAGUAAUGAAUUAGCCUGGCCACAGUCGGUCACUGUAGGCUAGUGGAGAAUGCCCACUGGAGGGCAGAGCCCCCCAUCAGAUGCAUGAAUGUUUGCGAAUGUUGGCUGCCACUGCCCCACAUACUGUGUCUUUAUGGGAUCCCCUCCCCCCACCCACCCACCUCUGCCAUCUCCACCUGGACACUACUUUUCUCAAAGGCUGGUGACUUGUGGGCCAUUCAUCUACAACUCAGUCCUGACGGAGCAAGAGGCCCAAGCCUAGGGGAUGCAAGAACGACCCAUUUCUUAAAUGUUACCAGUCCCAGCCAACCUUUUGGUGACAUUAUGGUUAAAUUUCCCAAUUGAAAGCAA